UCUGCCGUAUACACAGAUUUGGACUGUCUGUCUUGUCGUACAGUUAUCCAUACCUAUACAAACGCAUCGUAUUAGAGGCCUAAUUAAAAUAUAUUAUUGACGUUACCCAUAGGACGGAAGAAAACUAUCUAUCCAGUUUUAAUAUGAGGAAAUACCAAUAUUUUAUUUUUAUAACAUUCAUAAUCGGAAUCACUAAUGCAUAUCCUAAUAAUGAGACUACAGCAUGCCAAACACCAAACAAUGAAAAUGGCGUUUGUAUUGAUAUUAAGCAUUGUAAAAAAUUACGAAUACUGCUGGAAAAUCAGAGACAAGUUCCAUCUGUCAUGGCUUUUUUGAAGAAAUCCUUCUGUAGACACGAAAAUGGAAUUGCAAAAGUAUGCUGUCCCUUGGAAAAUUCAUUGUUGGACAAAUCGAAACCAAUCGACAUGAAAGAGCCUACAAGUGAUAUAACGAUUAAAUCAUCAAAAUUACCAUCACAAGAAACAUGUGGACAUAGCAAUUCCAUUGAUAAUCGAAUUUUUGGAGGAAGACUAUCUAUUUUAGGUUCUUGGCCUUGGAUGGUAGCCAUGGGGUACCAGAAUUUAAAUGCAAAUAGUCAAGAAUUAUAUUGGCUAUGUGGUGGUACAUUGGUAACAAAUACACACGUAUUAACAGCUGCGCAAUGUGUGUCGAAUCGAAAAGCUGUUAGGUUAACAGUGGCACGCUUAGGAGAUUUGGAUUUGGAUUUUAUGGUCAACGAUGGAGCAACGCCGUUAGAUGUUCCAAUAGAUAGUAUUAUAAUACAUGAGAUGUACAACCCGCGAGAAAACACUAAUGACAUUGCGAUAUUGAAAUUAAAAAAUAGUGUUUCCUAUACACAAUUCAUCCAGCCAAUAUGCUUACCGAUCCAAUUGGAUAUGAAGCACAUCAAUACGACAAAACUUAUGCCGUUUGUUGCAGGCUGGGGUUCUACACAGGAACUAUUUUUCUCCAGCGAAUCGCGCAAUACUGCUAUGAUGGAAGUUCAAAUACCAAUAAUGGACAUAAAUAAAUGUAAAGAAGCGUAUGCCAAUGGAUACAACGUGAUUGACGAUCGAAUUAUAUGCGCUGGAUAUCCGGAAGGAGGAAAAGACUCUUGUGGGGGUGAUGCCGGAGGUCCUUUAAUGUGGCCAAAAGAAAAUCAGUACUAUUUAAUGGGAAUCGUUUCUUAUGGAUUUAUAUCAUGUGGUGAACCAAAUCAUCCGGGAGUAUACACCAGAGUGACAUCAUUUAUUGACUGGAUCGUAAAUAAAAUAAACAAUAAUUUCAACAUGAGAAAAGAACUAUAUUCUAUUUUUGUCACCCUCAUGAUCGGGAUAAUAACGUCUCUCCCCUAUAAUGGAAUCAUCAUAUUUACGGAUUCAAUUGUGUCAAUAAGUCAAGUAAAAUUAAACCAUUCCGAUUUAGAGUUUGUAUCAAAGAAUAAAAAUUUGACAAAAGAUAAAGAUGAAGAUCCUGUGUCUAAAUUUCCAACACAAGCCAUGUGUGGCCGAAGAAAUGCAUCAAGCUUUCGAAUACUUGGAGGAAGUGAAUCCCAAUUGGGUGCUUGGCCAUGGAUGGUAGUCCUAGGAUACCAAAAUGCAGAUAAAAACGAUAGUUCUGUUCAAUGGUUAUGUGGUGGUACAUUAAUUUCUAACACACAUGUCUUAACUUCCGCCACAUGCGUCACCAAAACUGGGAAUAAAGUUUUAACUGUGGCACGCUUAGGUGAGUUAGAUUUGGAUAACAUGAUCAAUGACAGGGCAAAACCAUUAGAUAUUCUGAUCGAACGUAUUAUAUACCAUGAGGGGUACGACACACAAAAAUACAACAAUAACAUUGCAUUGCUGGUGUUAACAAAAAGUGUUACUUUUAACAAAUUAAUCCAACCGAUUUGCUUACCAGUAUCACUUGAUAUGAAAAAGGUUGAAAAGUCACACAAUAUGCCAUUUGUUGCAGGCUGGGGAAGUAUCAAUGCUUCACCUCAAAACAAUGACAUGAGUUCGACGUCUUUAAUGGAAGUUCAAGUACCAAUUUCGAAUUUAACAGCAUGCAAACAAGCAUAUACAUCUUUUAAAACGGUAAUCGAUGAUAAGGUGAUAUGUGCUGGUUAUCCAGAAGGAGGAAAAGACUCUUGUCGGGGCGAUUCCGGAGGUCCAUUAAUGUGGUCGAAAAGAAAACAAUUUUAUUUGAUUGGCAUUGUUUCUUAUGGUUUUAAGGAAUGUGGGCAUCCGGGUUAUCCGGGCGUCUACACCAAAGUGUCAUCAUAUAUGGAUUGGAUAUUAGAUAAUAUAGACGACUAAUGCACUUAAACUAUUUUUUACUUUAAUAUUAACGGUUAUUUGCAGUAAACUGUAAAUCUAAUAAUGAUUUAAUCGAUUUAUUAAUUCAUAGAAAUUAUACGAACACUUAUGUAUUUUAUUUAAGUCACAGUUCAUUAUUUUAUAGAUAGUUAAUAUCUAAAUAGCUUUUAUUAUAUUAUUUUUGUAUUCCAUCGCCGUUAUAUGGCGUGAUUAAUAUAGGUACUCAUUACUCAAUAUAAUACAUUAUAUUGCCAAAUUACAUAAAAACAAAAUACCGAUAACAGAUUUCGUAUCUUUCAUGAUUAUGAAUAUCUUCGUUUAUCUUUAAAAAAAUUAUAUUUUAUACAUUUCAUUAAUUAAUGAAAAUUUAACACGCGUCUAGAUGAUUGUUCUUGAUGAUAUAUUUAUUUAUGUAAACUUGGUAUGUUAAAUAUAACAGUAUAAAAUUGUAAUUUAUUUAGUAUACAUUAUAUUUUGUAUUUCUCACAAUAUUAUAUAAUUUUUGUUUUUUUUUUUGCAUUUUAAAUGAAUACAGUAUUUAUAUGUCAAAAAAAUAAUUAAUUAAAUGAUUGGACAGGGCCAUUGUUUGCGGUCCACAUAUGAAAACACUUGUGUACCUACUGCUAUAACUUAAAUUGCUAUGUAUAUAUAUAUAUAUAUAUAUAUAUAUAUAUAUAUAUAUAAAUAUUUAUUGUUAAAAAUAAAGAAAUAAUUACAAUAUUAAUUUAAAAUUGUUUUUAUAAUCAGUA